AGGCCAAAGUAAUCCCUCCACUCUCCAUCGAACCUCUCUCUCCAUCUCUGCGUCUGCGUCUCUGCAAAAACUGAAAUCAUAGAGGAGCAACCGUUCACUCUUCUGCCAAUAUGUAUUCCUCCGGCGGUUCGAUGACCUCCCACCAUCCGUCCGACCCCGAUGCCUCCGCCGCCGGCUCCGCCGCCUCCACUCCGAGGUCCGGCCACCCCCCGCCACCGCCUCCGGCCCGGUGGCACCUCGACGACCCCUCCGCCCCCCGGGUGCGCCUCAUGUGCAGCUUCGGCGGCCGCAUCCUCCCCCGCCCCCACGACCACCAGCUCCGCUAUGUCGGCGGCGACACCCGCAUCGUCGCAGUCCCCCGCUCCACCUCCUUCUCUGCCCUCCUCUCCAAGCUCUCCAAGCUCGCUGGCGGCGACCCCAACCUACUCUCCAUCAAGUACCAGCUCCCCAACGAGGACCUCGACGCCCUCAUCUCCGUCUCCUCCGACGAUGACGUCGAGAAUAUGAUGGACGAGUACGACCGCCUCUCCACCUCCUCCCCAGGCGGCGGCGCCGUCUCCUCCUCAAGGACCCCCCGCCUCCGCCUCUUCCUCUUCACCCCUUCCGACCCCUCCUCCAUCCCUUUCGGUUCCGUCAUCGAGGGCCCUGCUUCCGCCCGCGACCACUGGUUCGUUGACGCCCUCAACAGCAGCGGCGGCGGCGACGCCCUCGAGCGCGGCCGCUCCGAGGCCUCCUCCAUCGUCUCUGAGGUCCCGGACUACCUCUUUGGCCUCGAGACCAACUUGGACGAGCCGGCUCCCAAAUACAAAACCCGGACGGCCCACGAGAACGCCUCGGACCCCGGUUCGCCCGCUCCCGCCACGCCAUCCCCUCACUACGGCUCCGCCUCGUCCGCAUCCCCCAUCCCGCCGGUCUCCGAUCACCCGCCGCUGAAGACCAAAUCGGACGGCGAGGAAAUCCGGGACGGUCCGGUCGAACCGCUGGUCAACCAGCCGGGAGGAUACGUCAGCAACCCGGUCUGGCAGUACAUGCCUGAACCGGUUCCGGUUUACUUUGUUCCCGGUCCGGUCAGUGGAGGGAGCCUGCCGGUCCGGCCGGUUUCUGCACCCACGCCAUACCUUCAUCCUCUGACAUCAGUGCCUGGAGGACAAAUUCCGGUCGGGUAUCAGCAACCGGUUCACCGGGUCAUGGCUAAUGCGGUUCCUGGCGGUCCAGUUUACGUGGACGGUCCACCGACGGGACGGCCAGCGGUGACGGAGGCGUACAAGUAUUCAGUGGGUACCAGUGGGUAUGAUGUGCCGGCAGGCGGAGGUUUGAUGAGAUAUCCUGGGGUGAUCCCGGUGUAUCCAACGGCGGGGAUUUGUCCAGCGGGAGGAGACCCCUUUGGUUCGGAGGUGAGAAUUAGCAGGGCUUCCCAGUAGCAUUUUAUGGUAAGAGUGUUCCUUAUUUUGUUCUUGGUGAUUUUAUUUAUGUUUAUUGGGGUAAACGAGUAACUCCUCUUUCGUGAUGGAUAUAUUUGGAUAUAUGCUUCUGUUUUUUUUGUUUACUGUAAGCAACUAUCUAAUGUAUGGAAAAUUGAUUGUAAAUCAAUAAAUACAUCUAGUGUACUCGUUGUUUCCUGAGAA